CUUAUCCUGGGCUCUCGGCAGGAUGGGCGAUGACCAUGAGCACUGCUGUCACCUGGCCCCCCGCCUUCCCCCGGCGGGCCGCUCCCGGCGGCACCCUCCCCCUCCUCCGCCGCCGCCACCACCACCGCCAUUGCUACUGUCGCGUCUUUAACUCUUCCACCAGCUCCGGUCGUCGAUGCCUCCUCCCGUUGCGCGUUGUAGAUGACUCCAAAGAUACCAAGACAUCUCCUGAUGGUUCAAAUGAAAGAUCUGAAUCUGAUAAGUUAGUUGAUUGCAUGGAUUUUGGUGAACUUUGCAAUGACUUUGAAUGCAUCAGUAGCCCCUUUGUGGAAUCAACAGCAAGACAGCUUGCACGAGAUAUUUUGGAGUUGCGAGAAGGAAAUCGUGCAAUAGGAUCUUAUUCAAUUUCUGUCAAAUAUAAAGAUCCAGUUAGGACUUUCGUUGGACGUGAAAAAUACAAGAGACCUAUAUGGGCAACUGAUGCAUUGGAUAAACCCUCAGUGACUGUGCAGGAGAUGGAAAUGCUGUCAACCAGUAUACUGAACAUCAAAUGGACGCUAAAGGGGAAACCUAAAAGUCUGUUUGCAAGCGUAGGGGGAGACUUGAUACUUCGUGUGAACUCCCGAUUCACAUUAAACCAAAUAAGUGGCCAAGUGACUGAACAUGAGGAAUCAUGGGAUUUGUCUGCAUCAUCUCCAAUUGUUCAGGGGUAUUUCUGGGUUUCAAGGACCCUUUUCUCUGCUAUUGAGGCUGGCAAAGAUACAAUUGAUGCUGUUAACAACACAACUUCUCGUUUCUCAACAGAAAAGGAGAACUUGGAGAGCUAUCCAGACCCAUCCGGGGAUCCUACAAAGUUUUUUCAAAGGGACAACAACUUACAGAGAGAUGUCUAUCAGAUUGCACUUUUCCUGGCUGUAAUCUAUUUUGUUGUACAGUUUUUGAGAACAACCCUAUGAAUGUAUAACUUAAAACCACAGAAUUUCAAUUUUUGUAUCUCAUUGCCCAUAUUGUAUAUUUCAUCUUGUAUUCUAAGCCCCCUGCCAUAUUGAAUUCAAUAACUUAUUCGUGCUGCACAAUCUGCGGAGGACAUUUUCCAAUUCUCCAA